AUGAUUAGAAAACUUUUUAUUGUCCUACUUUUGUUGUUUGUGACUCUGGGAGAAGAAAGAAAAUCAUUUCUCAGUUUUCUGAAUUUAGAAAAGACUGAAAUACUUUUUUUCACAAAGACUGAAGAAAGCGUCAUUGUAAGGUCAAGUUACAAAGAGAAACAGCCUAACUCCAGCUACCUCUUUGUACAAUUAGAAGAUCCUAAAAUGCUGCAAGUGGUGAAUGUCACCAAGACCACACUGGAUAUUACAAAUUUUACCAUAAACCUAGUGACAGAAGAAGAAGGAGAGACAAAUUUGACCGUUCAACUCUGGGAUUUUGAAGGUAAGCAAGAAAGACUCGUUGAAGAAAUAAAGAACGUCAAAGUCAAAGUGCUCAAACAAACAAAAGACAGUCUUUUCCAAUCAUCGAUGCCUAUUGAUAGAAAUAUCCUAAUGCUUAUUUUACCAGUGAUACUGUUAAAUAAGUGUGCAUUUGGUUGCAAGAUUGAAUUACAAGUGUUUCAAACAGUAUGGAAGAGACCUUUACCAAUAAUUCUUGGAGCAGUUACACAGUUUUUUCUAAUGCCAUUUUGUGGAUUUCUUUUGUCUCAGAUUUUGGCAUUACCUGAGGUACAAGCUUUUGGAUUUGUAAUGACCUGCUCAUGCCCAGGAGGGGGUGGGGGCUAUCUCUUUGCUUUGCUGCUGGAAGGAGAUAUUACUUUGGCCAUUUUGAUGACUUGCACAUCAACAUUAUUGGCCCUGAUAAUAAUGCCUGUCAAUUCUUUUAUAUAUAGUAGGAUAUUAGGAUCAUCAGGUGCGUUUCAUAAUCCUGUUUUUAAAAUCGUGUCAACACUCCUUUUCAUACUUAUACCAAUGUCAGUUGGAAUAGUCAUCAAGCAUAGAAUGCCUGAAAAAGCAAACUUCUUAGAGAGAAUAAUUAGACCUCUGAGUUUAAUUUUAAUGUUUGUAGGGAUUUAUUUGACUCUUAGAAUGGGAUUCAUGUUUCUGAAAGCAACUAACCUGAAAGUGUUUCUACUGGGUCUUAUGGUUCCCACUUUGGGUUUGUUGUUUGGGUACUCCUUUGCUAAAGUUUGUAUGCUGCCUCUCCCUAUUUGUAAAACUGUUGCUAUCGAAAGUGGGAUGUUAAAUAGUUUCUUAGCCCUUGCUGUUAUUCAGCUCUCUUUUCCACAGUCCAAGGCAGUCUCAGCUUCUGUGGCUCCUUUUACAGUAGCCAUGUGUUCUGCAUGUGAAAUGUUACUAAUCCUUCUGGUCUACAAAACUAAGAAAAGAUGUAUCUGUACUAUAGAAGAUAAAAGAAAAAAAUGUUCCCUAGUCUAA